AUGGUCGGACGACGACGCAAAACGUCGGACUCGACGACGGACACUCUCGACUAUGAUGGCCGAGUCUUCGCCCCAGAACUACGCGUACUCAAGAAACAUGAACCCAAAUUAGACGAUCAGGAGGAGACGGCGAUGUUGCAGACUUUUGUUCUGGAAGACGCCAUUGUUUGCGACAAAACAGGCAGCCCCGUUGAGCUAUUCAAUGUCAAUACCCAAGGCCCAUUUAUUGUCCGCGGUCGGGUGGUCAUCGAAGACUGGCAGAAGUCGAGAGCCGUCAAGCCCUCUACGAGAACAGCCCUGAUCGAAACCCGCCAUUGCACCCGCUAUGCAAUCGGCGUCAACGACAACGGCUACGGCGCUUGGGCUGGGGGCCAAGCAGGCUGGUAUGAAAUCAGACCCCCGUCACCAGCCUACAGAGAAAUCUUCGAUCACACCAUUGAGGGUGUCUCGAUGUACUACGAAAUCCUGGACAUCAUCGAGAAGCACAUGGAGGCCCAGGAAGCAAAGCACGGGAAGAAGGAGUGGAAGAAGAAGGCAAACAGAAUAGCCGCCCACGGUCAACUUAGCAUCGAAACGUUGCUCUUCAGAUAUGCUGUCGCCAUGGGCGAUGGCGCUACUUACGACGAGGUGAUCGCGCGCUGUGACGACCAUGCCCACUUUCUCCUAUCUCACUUUUAUGAAGAUGCCGAAAUGGACUGGUCUCCCACUGUAUUCUUUAAGUGGAUGACUAAGAGACACCCGGAAAUACACGCGAAAAUCCUGGAGCUGAGGAAGAAGAAGUUGGAAGCAAUGACUCCCAGCCCCCCCUUAGCCGAGGGAGCUGAGCCAGCGGCCCAGCCAAUCGCUUCCGAUGAACCUCCCGCACAGAAAGUUCUCUCGAAACGGAGACAGAAAAGCACGUCGUCAGAAAGCAACGGCAGCACCCACCGGGUUGACACGCACGAUUUUGCUUUGUCAAAGCGAGAUGUCAGAUCGAGAUCGAGGGGAAAGACGAAGACGCAGUCGCGAGGUCCCCCCCUUGUUGUCGAGCCACCAGUGGAUGCAAUGGAUGUGGACGACAUUCCCAAGGUCCUACCCCAGACGGAGCUUUUUGAAGUGGCUCACGACCGCUUCAACGUAGAAGCUCUUCUUGAAGGUAUCGAAGAAAUCAAGCCUGAACUCGGCCCAUUGAAUGCUGUAGCAUUCCCAAAGGUUUCAUCCAAGAUUUACUAUCGGUAUAAGAUCAAGGUAUACCUUGGGGCAUCUGACAUCAUCAAAUACUACGCAAAGGAGCUGAUCGAACGCCUGGACGAGGACGAGUGGGCCGGUUCUGGGUUCUGGAACACCCUCAAGGAAGCUGCCAAAGGCCCUCGUAUCACCCUUGAGCACGUCAAAGUGGAACAGAUCCCCGACAGUCUCGUCCGGCGAAAAGCAACUGCAAUCACAGUGUCAAAGCCUCGUGGCCAGAGCGAUGCUGAGAAAGGCGCGGUCGUUGCAACUCCGCCACCAAGACGUGGUGGUCGCCCAGCAGGCAAGAUGUCAGGUCUUCGCCUCGCCGGCACCGGCGGUAAGCGACGCUUCGACCCGGAUGAGACCCCCGAGUCCGUCUCACGGAAGGCGGCGAAGACAUACCAUGGCUACGACUCUGAGACGGAAGAAGCCAUGAACGGCGGUAGUCGCCCUGGCAGUGAAGGUGAUGAACCCUCUGUAAACUCCACGGACUCGCUCGCAGCUUUCAAGGCCGUUGUUCGAGCCGAGAACAUCCCCACCACGAUUCCAAAGGGACCCAAUGGCACCUGGGUUUGUGAUGAGGACGAUUGCGACUUUGUUGAGCGCGAUCCCGAAUCCGAGGACGGCCGCGAGAGAAUUCACCAACACAUGCAGGAUAUCCACUAUCAGGAGAGCGAGGAUCAGGUUGAGCGUAUCAGCCUCGCAGUGACUGAAGGUGGCAAGAACCGCCUCCCCAUUGAGUAUUCCCCCCCGCUCCCGUCUUCUGAUUUUAGAUAUACAUGCCUAUUAGGCGAUCAGGGCGAAGUUUCCCCGUUUUGGGAGUCAGGUCCAAGUGGGUCAACUACCAGCGGAACUACACUGUCGUCCCAAGCCGUCUCCAACUCUGCUUCGGGGCCACGAUGA